CUGGUGUUCGGCGACAGCCUGGCGGCCGAGGAGGACGAGCUGCUGCGGCGCCUCGCAGGGCCCCCGCCGCCUCAUGCCACCGACGAGGGAAACUUUCUGAGGGACUCCAGCGACUCGGAAGUGGAGAAUGAAGCGAAGGAUGAUUUCCUGCCGCCCAAGAAACCCGCCUGGGUGGAUGAGGAGGAUGAAGCUGAGGAAAUGAUUGAUAUGACUCAUAGGUAUAAGAGAGAUAUGAUGAAAAGUGAUGCUGAGAAGAUCCUUAGUAAGGAAAAACUUAAGCGAAGACUUCAGGAAGAAUUUCAGCGAGCUAUGGGUGGAGUUCCUGCCUGGGCUGAUAGAGAAAACAAGAAGAAAACCAGAAGGACUGCAAGUGAUAGGGAUAGUGAUGAAGAUGAUGAUCUGCUAUGCAGAACUGGAAAUUUUAUAUCAAGUUCAGAGUCUCUGCCAAAAGGUACUAUACAGGUGAAAGUCUGCUUGCCUGCUAAUCAGGAACGUCUCUCUGGUGGAAGACUGUCAACAGUGCAGUUCCAUCCUUCUGCUCAGGUCAUCCUCACUGCUGGCCUUGAUCGAUGUGUGUCACUGUUUCAGGUUGAUGGUAUAAAGAAUCCAAAAAUACAGAGCAUCUAUUUAGAGGGUUUUCCGAUCCAUAAGGCUUGUUUCAGUGCUGAUGGAGAACAAGUUAUAGCAACUGGUACCCACCAUAAAACGUUCUAUGUGUAUGACAUGAUGGGUGGAAGUAUAAUUCCUGUACAUCAAGUAAGAGGUAUGGAAGAAAGAUUUGUUCGGGAUUUUGAAGUGUCUCCGGAUGGAUCAUUAAUGCUUCUUACUGGAACUUCAGGUUAUCUUCACUUGCUAUCAAUGAAGACAAAGGAACUGAUCAGCACUAUGAAAGCUAAUGGAAGGUGCACUGCAUCUGCUUUCACUCCAGACAGUAGCAAAAUAUAUACGUAUUCAAAGGAAGGUGAAGUUUUCAUUUGGGAUGUGAAAAGCAGGAAAUGUCUACACAAAUUUGAAGAUGAAGGCUCUUUGGGAGGCAAGUGUAUUGCUGUUUCAAGAAAUAACCAGUAUGUGGCAUGUGGCUCAACUUCAGGAGUUGUGAACUUGUAUACGACUGAAGUGUGUCUCAGAGAAAAGAAUCCUAAACCAGUUAAAGCUAUAAUGAACCUAGUUACAGCUGCAACUUCUGUGACCUUCAAUCCCACAACAGAAAUUUUGGCAGUGGCUUCCAAAGAAGUUGAUGAGGCUGUCAAACUGGUGCACAUUCCUUCAUAUACUGUAUUCUCAAACUUCCCAAUGUUCAGAAGAAAGAUAAUUUAUCUUGCUCAAUCAAUGGACUUUUCUCCCAGGAGUGGCUUUUUUUCUAUAGCAAAUAAUAAAGGCCGAGCUUUAUUGUAUAGGCUGAAACAUUAUUCAGAUUUUUAGAAGAAGACGGAGGAGAGAAUGUGCAAGUCGUUCAGCUAUAACCUGUGACUACAUGUACACCGAUAAAAUUCAGCAAGGGUUUUUUGCAAACUUUUAUACAGAAGCUAAAAAAUAUUAACAAAGCAUCUCUUUUG